CACUUUCCAUUACCCCCCACACACCUUUCCUUCACCGGAGAAAAAUGGGAAAAAUCGGUCCCCAACAUUUCGACGCCAAAUCCCAGUUGGUGCUGGAGAUUUGCGCCAUUUCCACCGCACCUGUUGGCUGUAUCCACCGCCGCCAUUGCAUUCCGGCCAAGUCUCAUUUCGUCGACUGGUACCAUCUUCUUGGAGUGGCAGAGGAUGCAGGAAUGGAGGCUAUAAAGAAGCGGUACCAUACACUUGCUUUGCAACUUCACCCAGAUAAGAACAAGCAUCCAAAAGCUGAGACUGCAUUUAAACUUGUCCUAGAGGCAUAUUCGUGUCUCUCUGAUGGUGUUAGGAGAAGAACUUUCAACUCCGAGAGGUGUAAGAGCUUCUGCAUUGAGUGCAAUGGAAUCCCAUAUGAGUCUAGCUAUUCCUCUAUCAAUUCAUGUGCAUCAAAAGUAGAAGAAAUGGAUUCAAGAUCUUGCAGGGUAGCGCGAGUCUUCAAAGACAUCAGGGAUAGAUUCAAGGAGGAAACAAGAGUGAUAGAGAAUUGCUUGAGGGCUAACAGUUUAUCAAGGAAAGAGUCACAGCUUUUCACUCCGGCUACCUCAAACAGUCUGGUAGAUGGUAGGUCUACACAUAUGACCCAGAAAGAAUCCCCAGUCUUUGAUCCUUCUGAUUAUUUGUUUCAUGGCUACCCGCAUCUCAGGAGACAAGUUUACAAGAAACCCGAAAACUUUUGUCACUUCCAAAGAGGGAGUAUACUGAAUUAUGGCAGAGAGAGGUAUCAGUCUCCCAUCUUUGAGACAGUACCAGAAAGGAGAAUGUUCAAGAGCAAAUCUGUUUGUAUUCGUUCAUGAUCAUGGUCCUUAGUACUGAAUGAUAUUGUUU